GUAAAACCUAGAGUCGUGUUUGAUAAACAACAACAUAAAGAGAAAGGGCAAAAUAAAAUUGAAAAAUAAAUUAGAAACCCUAACAAAAUUGUUAGCCAGAAAAUCACAGCGUCCCCAUGAAUCGCCGUGAAAUCUCCUGUAGCAUAGCAUCGUCAUAGUAGAAUAAUUGAAUUUAAUUAAUUCUUUUAAAAAUUUCCCGUCUUUUUUUUUAUAAAAAAAACAAGCCUUCAAUACCCGUUCUUCGAUUCAAAUUACCCGCAAAAUUGUUAUACGCUUGUUAAAUUUGAAGGCUGUGUUUUCUUUUAUAUUCCUGUAAAUGGGUGCUCCUAAGCAGAAAUGGACACCUGAAGAAGAGGCCGCGUUAAAAGAUGGAGUCAUCAAACAUGGUGCUGGAAAAUGGCGGACGAUAUUGAAAGACCCGGAAUUUAGUGGAGUCUUGUAUCUGCGUUCCAAUGUAGAUCUUAAGGAUAAAUGGAGAAAUAUGAGUGUGAUGGCCAAUGGAUGGGGUUCUCGAGACAAAGCUAGAUUAGCUGUGAAAAGGACAUCUAGAUUUCCUAAACAGGAGGAAAGUGCUACGGAGCUUGCUGCUGCUCCAAGUGAUGAAGAAAUAGUGGAUGUUAAGCUCAUCACAGCUCCCAACACUACAUUGCAGAUUCCUUCUACAAAGAGAUCCAUUGUCAGGUUAGAUAACCUCAUUAUGGAAGCGAUUACAAGCUUGAAGGAGCCUGGUGGUUCAAAUAAGACAAAUAUUGCCACAUAUAUUGAGGAGCAAUAUUGGGCACCUCCUGACUUUAAGAGGCUCUUGUCAGCAAAGUUGAAAUAUUUAACAGCUUGUGGUAGACUGAUUAAGGUGAAACGCAGGUAUAGGAUUGCACCAGCUCUGUCAUUUUCUGACAGGAGGAGGAAUCAUUCCAUGCUAUUUUCGGAGGCAAGGCAAAGGGUUUCUCCUCGAUUUGAUAGGGAUGAUAUAAAAAUCGUCACCAAAUCUCAGAUCGAUUUAGAGUUAGCUAGGAUGAGGAAUAUGACACCACAAGAAGCUGCUGCAGCUGCUGCUCGAGCAGUUGCAGAAGCAGAAGCUGCAAUAGCAGAAGCUGAAGAAGCAGCAAGAGAGGCAGAGGUUGCUGAAGCUGAUGCAGAGGCAGCACAAGCUUUUGCUGAAGCAGCAAUGAAAACUCUAAAAGGAAGAAACAAUCAGAAAGUGGUAAAUUGCUGUCUGUUGUCAUUAUCUAUUUUGCACAUGAACGUAUGCCGAUGUAGGAGAUAUCAGAUGGAUGGAAUGUCAUGAUGGGAUGUGAGAGAAAUACACUGUUCACUUGCAUUCCAUGCUCACACCCACUAACGUAGAAUUUUUUGCACAAGGAACAUGUGUGCUGCAUAUAUGGGACUUCUCAUUGCUUGUCAUUCCCUUU